GCACUCACCUGGCCCAGCUCCCCAGGGAUUACAGCCAGAGCAGCAAGGGAAAAGCUUCCAGGCAGUACUUUUCUGUGCUGUUAUUUCCCCAGCCAGGGGAAGGGGGAACAGCAGCACUCGGAGCCACUUCCUCCCCCUGCUAGGCAGAGCUUGUGGGUUAGAUCCGGCCCUGGCUUGCUUGACUCCAGCAUGCGUGUCUCGGGGCUCUCUCCUCCCCCAGCGGGGAGUUGGUAUUGGUACUCCAGCCUUGCAGGGUGGUCUGCAGGGAGGCUGCAGGGCUGGAGCACUCUAGGGGAGAGUCUUGAGCCUCACAGGCCGGAUCCAGGCAAGCCAGAGCCUGGAUCCGGUCCCUGGGCUUUAAGGUUCCUCACCUCAGUGGCUAGAGGAAGCUAUGGGCAGUGGUCUCUCGGACCCCAGGAACUCUGCUAUAUGUUUUUGUGCGCCACGUGCUGGUUCGUUAUCUAUUUACAUCGACCUAGACGCAGAGCUCCCCGUAACGAAAAUCACCGCCGAGGGAAAUAACGCCACGCCUGCAGCAGCACAGAACCCUGGGCACCCCCGACACCUCCCAGCUGAAAUCGCUGGGCCCACGUUCCCGAAGUGCAAGAUCCCCUUGUGAGGCGAACUGCUGCUGAUUUGGUUCUACUUUCUGCCACCGCCCCAGGGCCGCUCAGCAAUGUUGCAGUGCAGACAUGCUCAGGAAUUCAGCUUUGGGCCCCGGGCGCUGAAGGAUGCCCUCAUCUCUACCAACCCUGCCCUCCAGGAGCUCUAUGUCCGAGCCUUCUCCAGUGCAGAGAAACUUUUCCUCUCUGAAGCGUACAAUCCCCAAGGCUUUGACUGGCUCCUCAGCCACCCUGACGCCCCUGAGGACUUCGAGGCCUUUUAUCAAUCCACGCUGAGGAGGAAGCAGAGUGCCUGCCAGAAGCACAUAUACCUGCAGCCGAUAAAUCUAAUUGAAGAACCUGCCGGGGUCUCUCUGCUGGAUUCCCUCAAAAGCUGCCUAGAAUCUUUCUUCCUGGGCCUUCGUGUCAAGUGCCUUCCCUCCGUUCCCCUCUCCUCCAUCCGCUGCUGCUUUCGACAGAGCCAGGAUUCAGACCGAGCGCAGCUCCAUGCAGAUGGGAUCCUGACCUUCCUGAAGAACAACAAGCCCCUCGAUGCCCUGUGCGUCCUGGGGCUCACACUCUUGGACCUGUACCCCUGUGAAACCUGGAGCUUCACCUUUGGCAAAUCCCUGCCGGGACAAGAAGUGGGUGUCUGCAGCUUUGCCAGGUUCUCUGGCAGUUUCCCCCAGCCAGACUGCACAGCCUUACAUCCAGCUGCGGGGCGCGAGGAGCGGCAGGAGGUCACCGAGAAGGCCCGAGACCGGCCGUUGCCGUUCAGCGUGCUGGAGGUGGUUCAGUGUUGCAAGGUUACAUGUCAUGAGAUCUGCCACCUGAUCGGCCUGGGGAGCUGCAGAUGGCUACAGUGCAUCAUGCAGGGCGCACUGAGUUUGGAUGAAGCAUUGUUGCGGCCCCUGGAGCCCUGCCCAGUUUGCCUCCGGAAGCUGCAAUACGUUGUGGGCUUCAAACUCAUCGAGCGUUACAGGAAACUCUAUGCUUGGACGCAAACUGUAUUGUCUAACUGGUCUAAUCAGGAGUCAGACCUGUCAACCUCUGAGGAUAUCCUGCCAUUCAGCUCCGACUCUGGGAUGUGCUGCGAGAAUGACUCCGAGCCUUUAACUUCCUUAUCUGAGCUACUGACACCAGACACUUGCAGUCAAGGCUUCUCCAUUGGGCAGGAGCUGGAGCAUGACCAGCAGUUUUCUUCUCUGGCUGACACAAGCAGCCAGCAACAGCUGGGCAGUACUACCAAGUCCACAGAUAUCAUUAAAGAUUAUGAACUAUGGCUGGAAAUGUGCAUCGUCGCUCUGGAGAAGAAUGUUUCCGAAGAGGAGCUGGAUCAAGUGGACAAGACGGUGGAUGCCUUGGCUAAGUGGGAAAUGUUCACAGGGCAGCUUCCCACCAUGAGGAAGGAUCUGCCCGUCACUAGAGACAAUGCAGGGCUAAGGAAAGUCCUUGGAGACAAAUUCUCUUCCUUGAGGAGGAAACUAAGCUCUAGAAAACUGUCCAAAGCGGACUCUUCCCCUCAUCGUUGGAGGUGGGAGGAAAAUUAGCCCUUGCUCUGACUUGUCCUUCCUCCUUUCUGGGUUGGGAAAAGCAAGCUCCACUCAUCACUUUGAGUUUUAUUAUGUGAUUGCCAUGCAUUUGAUUGUUCUCACCAUAAGUUACUGGCCUGCAGAAAAAGGAAACUGCAACUCCCCACUGGAAUGAAAGAGGUUUCUUUUUUUUUUCUGAGGUUCCUAACAUGGCAUGGAAUUUGUUUCAGUCAUUCAGGUUAAGAGCGCGCGCACACACGCACACACAAAAGGAAGUCACACUGGUUUAAUCAAGCUGAAACAAAA